AUGUCUGGAGAAAAAGACGCCCCGAAAAAAUCUGACGAGGCUGAGAAGAGCAACAGCGACACGGUGGAGAAGGGUGACCAGACACUGAAAGACGACAAGCCGAAGGAGCCAGAAGUUCCCCAUGGCAGCCUCACCGAAGCCAAAGCACUGUAUGGGAAGAAAGACAGUGACGGAAAAUAUCAGUGGGAGACGGAGGAGCCAGUCGACGCGGUCGAUGCCGCCGAGAACGAGAAGACGGCUCGGUAUGCGUUUCUCGUCCGCAAGCAGAUAUCGUACGACAGUCGCAAAAAGUACGAUAUUCACUCCGUCAUUGUCCAGUCUCCAUGGUUGAAGAAGGCGCUCGGAGUGGUCCUCGAAGAUUACCCCGGCAUCACCACGAACCUCGACCGACUCGUGUUUCGAGCGCCUUUUCAUCCCUUCGUGCAUCGGUGGACUCGGCUAGCGGACAUGCUCGAGAAGAACGAGUUCGAAGAGGAAUUUCAGCGAGAACACCUCCAGCUGUUCCACGAUGUCUUGUUUGAGGAGCUCAAGAACGCCAUCGCCGCGAAGACCGACCUGGUCAAGAACGGCGUCAUCACAUUCGAGUAUUUGUGGACCAUCUUUGAGCCUCAGACGCUCGUCUACAGCGUGUCUGGGGGGAAGGAAUGCGUUUUCAAGCUCAAUUCGUCGAAGACCCUCACCGACCAACGACGAGGGCUCGACUUCCUCCAGCUCGAUACCUGGUCGGUCGAUUGGGAUGGUGUCAAGUUUGGGCAGCACAUGACCUACCUUCAGGACUACGAGUUCACCGGGACAACUCCGAUCACCUCGCUCCAUGCAUAUCCAUUGGAAUUUCAUCCUGAAAAGGAACAACUCAUGGCACGUCUCCUCCACCGCGGCAAGCUCUUCGAAAGCUUCGCUGGCUACCAUUACAAGGCGUACCGGGGAGUGGCUCUGGGAUAUGGCCGUUGCGGGAUGAUCCGGCACAACAUUGAGUCACGGAUCAUCAUCGACUGUGAAGCACACAAUCGAUUUUUGCCCAACAAUGCGGUUUACUUCAGCCCGCUCAUCAGUCGGACGAGGAAAGCACCCAGGGUUGCUGCGGUGUCCGACGACGAUGCAGAAGAGAAUGAGAACGACCAGUACGAGGAUGCAAUUGACCUCUUCGUCGACGACUUCGACUACCUUGGCGUGCCUGAUACAGAGGACGACGGGACGAAGCCCGAACGCCGUCCUCUUACCACCGAAGAACUCCUCCUUGCUGUCUCAUACGUGCGCGGGUACGCGAUCAAGACCAAGAAGUGGCUGUGGUUUUAUGUGGACCAAGUUGAAGAGAUCAAGUUCGCGGAAAAUGCGUUUGCUUCGUUGGUCUUGCCGAAAGAGCAAAAGUCGCUGAUCCGUGCCUUUGUCGAGUCACAAGUAAAGUACAAGGAUGACUUUGACGAUGUCAUUGCAGGCAAAGGCCGCGGCAUGAUCAUGCUCCUCGCUGGUCCCCCCGGUGUGGGCAAGACUCUGACGAGUGAAUCUGUGGCCGAGGACAUGCGUGUUCCACUCUACGUCAUGUCGGCCGGAGAUCUUGGAAUCGACCCAUCGGGCAUUGAAGAGUCACUCAAUCUCGUUCUAGACAUGGUCAGCAAGUGGAAUGCUGUUCUGCUCUUGGACGAAGCCGACGUCUUCCUGGAGGCGCGCUCGUCGAACGAUCUCGAGCGCAACAAGAUGGUUUCGAUCUUCCUGCGAGUUCUGGAGUACUACGAAGGCGUCCUCUUCCUGACGACGAAUCGAGUCAAGAACAUCGACGAAGCCUUCCACUCUCGUAUUCAUGUCACGGUCAAUUACCCGAGCCUGUCGACCGAGUCCCGGCGGCACAUCUGGCAGACCUUCCUCGGACAUGACCAUCCGAUAGGUAGCAAGGAUUUGGACCGGCUUGCCAAAGUCAACCUCAAUGGCCGACAAAUCAAGAACAUAUUGAAAACUUCACAGAUGUUGGCACGCAGUCAGGACAACCAGGCACCAGUGCCGGCCAAGGACGGGAAACGUGGACCUGUCAGAGUGGAGAUGCGGCAUCUGGAGACCAUCCUGGCCAUCGAGCGGGGCACGUCAUGGGAGUAG